GGGGUGACUUCUGGGGGACAAGGGACCGUGGAGCCCCGGGACUACCGGGGUCCUGCUGCGGCCUCCGGCGCGCCCCCCGCCCCUCCCCCACCCGGCUGUCCCCGGGACAGAUGUCGCGCUUGCGUGUUGUGGCCGAAGCGCCGGACUCAGAGGCCGGCCCCAGAAAACCCCGAGCGAGUAGGGGGGCGGCGCGCAGGAGGGAGGAGAGCCGGGGGCGCGGGUGGCUGGUGGGUGUCGGGGGUGGAGAUGUAGAAGAUGUGACGCCGCGGCCCGGCGGGUGCCAGAUCAGCGGACGCGGUGCCCGCGGUUGCAACGGGAUCCCGGGCGCUGCAGUUUGCUGGGCGGCUCUCCCCAGGCGCCGGCCGCGGAAACACCCUUUCCUGAACCCCAGCUUUCGGGCCGCCGGCUCGCGGCGCACCAGAGGCCGGCGGACAGAAGAGCGGCCAAGCGGUGCGAGGCUGGGGGCCCGCGGGCGCGGCCGCGCACUGCCGGGCGGGAGGCUGGGGGGCCGGGGCCGGGGCCGUGCCCUGGAGCGGGUCGGAGGCCGGGGCCGUGGCCGGGGGGCGGCGGCUCCCCGCUCGGCUCCAGCGGCUCGGGGUCCCCGGCAGGGUCCCGGAGGGACCAUGGCAGCCGGGAGCAUCACCACGCUGCCCGCCCUGCCCGAGGACGGCGGUAGCGGCGCCUUCCCGCCCGGCCACUUCAAAGACCCCAAGCGGCUGUACUGCAAAAACGGGGGCUUCUUCCUGCGAAUCCACCCCGACGGCCGAGUGGACGGGGUCCGGGAGAAGAGCGACCCUCACAUCAAACUGCAACUUCAAGCAGAAGAGAGAGGAGUUGUGUCUAUCAAAGGAGUGUGUGCUAACCGCUACCUUGCCAUGAAGGAAGAUGGAAGAUUACUGGCUUCUAAAUGUGUUACGGAUGAGUGUUUCUUUUUUGAACGAUUGGAAUCUAAUAACUACAAUACUUACCGAUCAAGGAAAUACACCAGUUGGUAUGUGGCACUGAAACGAACUGGGCAGUAUAAACUUGGAUCCAAAACAGGACCUGGGCAGAAAGCUAUACUUUUUCUUCCAAUGUCUGCUAAGAGCUGAUCUUAAUGGCCACAUCUAAUCUCAUUUCACAUGAAAGAAGUAUAUUUUAGAAAUUUGUUAAUGAGAGAAAAAGAAAAUGAACGUGUACAGCUCAGUUUAGAUAACUGGUCAAACAACGUUUUAUCCAGUAGUAAAAUAUGUAACCAUUGUCCCAGUGAAGCAAACUAACAAAAAUUGUUUAAAAAUAUAUAGACUUCCCCCUUUCAUAUAGCAUCUGCUGUUACCCAGUGAAGCUUACCUAGAGCAAUGAUCUUUUUCAUGCAUUUGCUUUAUUUGAAAAGAGGAUUUUAAAAUGUGUACAUUUAGAAACAAAAUUUCUUCAUGGAAAUCAUAUCUAUUAGAAAAUUACAGUCAGAUAUUUAAUCCCAAACGUCCACUAUUUCUUAUUUGUUAGUUUACAUGUUUCUAAACAUAUAAAUGUGAAUUUAAUCAAUUCCUGUCAUAGUUUUAUAAUUCUCUGGCAGUUCCUUGUGAUAGAGUUUAUAAAACAGGCCUGUGUGCACUGCUGGAAGUUCUUCCACAGUCAGGUCAAUUUUGUCAAACCCUUCUCUGUACCCAUACAGCAGCAGCCUAGCAACUCUGCUGGUGAUAGGAGUUGUAUUUUCAGUCUUGGCCAGGUCAUUGAGAUCCAUCCACUCACAUCUUAAGCAUUCAUGCUGGCAAAAAUUUAUUGUGAAUGAGUAUGGCUUUAGGCGGCAGAUGAUAUACAUAUCUGACUUCCCAAAAGCUCCAGGAUUUGCGUGCUGUUGCCGAAUACUCAGGAGGGACCUGAAUUCUGAUUUUAUACCAGUCUCUUCAAAAACUUCUCUAACUGCUGUGACUCCUACAUAAAAAAGAGAUGUACAAAUCAAUAAGGAUUACAGUUUUAGAAACUGUAUUAUCAAAGAUUUUCAUUUCAGUUAAAGUAGCAUUAUCUAAAGGCUCAAAACAUUACCCUAACAUAGUAAAGUUUCCAAUACAAAUUCUUUGCCUUGUGGACAUCAAGAACACCAAAAUAUUUUCUUAUCACUGUACAUUUAAGAAGCUUUUGAAAUGCUGAAUAUUUCUUUGGCUGCUACUUGGAGGCUUAUCCACCUGUACAUUUUUGGGGUCAAUUCUUUUUAACUUCUUGCUGCUCUGUUUCCCAAAAGGUAAAAAUAUAGAUUGAAAAGAAAACAUUGCACUGGUGCAGUUCCCUUGUUUCUUGAGAUAAGAUUCCAAAGAACUUAGAUUCAUUCCUUCAACACCAAAAUGCUGUAGGUGUUUCAUCAGAAGUUUUCAAAAACUUGGAAUAUAAAUAAUUUUAUAAUUCAACAAAGAUUUUCAUAUACGGUUGAUUUUUCAAUUAAAUGCAAAUUUCUGUGGCGGGGUUUUUAUUGCCAUUAACAUAUUUUUGUGGCUGCUUUUCUGUACAUCUAGAGAGACCCCCUAACUGUACUUUCUCUAAUUUUGUGAUGCUGUCAUUCUUUCCCAAGGCAUUUAGGAGAAGCCCUUUAUAAAGCUGUCUUCCUCCACCAAUUUUCUAGGAAGCCUCACAAUUGUCACAAAGAUUUUUGUUCAAAUACUCUUUUGCCUCCAUUUUUAUUGUUUGUCAAAUAGUAAAUGAUAUUCGCCCUUGUCACAGAAACACAUGGGAAUGUCUCAAUUCCCAUGUACUCUGACUGUAGACUGUUUUACCAAUCCCCUGGAUACGCUCUUGUUUUUUUUCCUCUAAGAAAUAGCUAUGAAAAGAUGCAUAGAACGAGUAUAAUAAAAAAGUUUUAAAGAGUAUAUUUUAAAAGUUUUAAAAUAUAAGGCAUUUAUCUGCCAUUUUUCAAUUACAUGCUGACCUCUCUUACAAUUGAGAUUUGUCCAUAGGUUAAAACAUGGUUAGAAAUAACUGAAAGCACAAAAGAAAAAUCUAGGCCAGGUGCAGUAGCUCAUACCUAUAUUCCCUGCACUUUGGGAGACCAAAGCAGGAGGAUCACUUGAAUCCAGGAGUUCAAGACCAGCCUGGGCAACAUGGCGAAACCCCAUCUCUACAAAAAAAACACAAAAAUUAGCCAGGCAUGGUGGCGUGCACAUGUGGUCUCUGAUACUUGAGAGGCUGACAUGGGAGGAUCGAUCACUUGAACCCAAAAGGUCGAGGCUGCAGUGAGCCCUAAUUAUGCCACUGCACUCCAGCCUAGGCUACAGUGAGACUUUGUCUCAAAAAAAAAAGUAAGAUAAAUUUUCCUUAAUAAGAAAAAUAAUUUUUACUCUGGCACGCUAUAUAUUUGUUAUUACAUUGACUAUUAAAGAUAGUAGCACUAGUCUUAAAUUUGAUAUAAUAUCCCCUAACUUGUUUAAAUGUCCAUUUUUAUUCUUUAUGUUUGAAAAUAAAUUAUGGGGAUCCUAUUUAGCUCUUAGUACCACUGAUCAAAAGUUCAGCAUGUAGCUCAUGAUCUAUGAACUACGUGCUCAUUUUUUUUUUUUUUUGGCCAUAAAAAUACUUUAUUAGGCCAAACUACACACUAUAAAAAUGCUUUAAAAUGUAGCAGGAGGAGAUGUAAAGACUCAAAGAAGUACAAAGAAGUAACAAUGGCUAUCAGAACACACUAAAGAAUCCACACUCAUAAUCUUAUGAGCUACAUGCUGAACUUUUGAUCAGUGGUACUACUAAUCAAAAAUACUGGAUGGGGCUAGUGAGCAAAUUUUCCCUGUUCAGCAGUCACCAUAGCAGUGGACUGAAAAUCAGCACUGCCUGAGUAGUUUUGAUCAGUUUAACUUGAAUCACUGACUAGAUUGAAAAUUGAAUGGGCAAAUAAGUGCUUUUGUCUCCAGAGACUCCUUCCACCUCAAGAUGAAAACUUCUUCCCCAAUGGUUUCAAGAUGAAUUGAAAUUUUUAAUCAAGACAGUGUACUUUAUUCUAUUGUAUUUUUAAUAUGCUGUAAGCUAAACUGAAAUAACAUUUACUGUUUUAUAGGUUUGAAGAACAAAGGAAAAACUAAGAGGUUUUGUUUUAUUUUUGCUGAUGAAGAAAUAUGUUUAAAUAUGUCAUAUUUUGUUUAGUUUCAGGACAUUAAUGAAAAGGAGUUUAUAUUUGUUAUUUCUAUUUUGUCAUAUUUAAUAAUAGAAUUAGGUUGAAAUAAAACAUAAUGGGAAAUAAUUUGCAGAAUGUAGGUUUUCCUGGUGUUUCCCUCUGACUCCAGUGCACUGAUGAUCUCUGCUAAGGCUCAGCUGCUUUAUAGUUCUCUGGCUAAUGCAGGAGAUUCUCUUCCUGCCAUUAGUAAUAUGAUUUUUUAGGAAGACAGUUUGUCAAUUUUAAUCUUGUAGAUACCUUUAUCCUCUUAGGGUAUUAUUUUAUAAAAAGGCUUGAGGAUUGCAUUCUAUUUUCUAUAUGACCCUCUUGAUUUUUUAAAAACAUUAUGGAUAACAAUUCUUCAUUUACCUAGUAUUAUGAAGAAUGAAGGAUUUCAAACAAAUGUGUUUCCCAGUUAACUAGAGUUUACAUUUGAGCCAAUAUAAAUAUUUAACUGUUUGUGAUAACAGUAUUCCUAAAGUAUAUGCAUGUUUCUAAAUAUAGAGUUUAAAUAAUUUCAGUAAUUCUUAGAUGAUUCAGCUUCAUCAUUAAGAAUAUCUUUGAUUUUAUGUCGAGUUAGAAAUGCCCUCAUAUAGUCUUUCAGACCUCUGCUGUCAGUUUUCAUUUCUAGUUGCUUUCAGAGUUUUAUUAAUUUUAAGGCAAAUCUUUAAUGUAUACUAAGCUUAGGAAGUAUGAUUAACACUAACUGCAGCUUUUUCUUCUUAGUUUCGCAUGACUGAGGCAUAUAUGACCUCUGAUCUCUGAAUAGGUGGGUUGUUGUGACAACCACAAACACUUUUUUUUUAAGUGCUAAUUUUUAAUUAUCAGGAAUUAAAGGAGGGUUCUGGAGUAUACUUAGACUAAAAUUAUACUUAUUUGGCUUGGAAAUAAGUGUUUCUUCAUUUUCAUCUACAAAUAAAUAUAGCCGAAAUUCAGAGGACCCAUAAAAGUUCACAUGAAAAAAAUCAAUUCAUUUGAAAAGGCAAGAUGCAGGAGAUGAAGGCUUACAAACUUGCAGACUGCUUUUUGCCCAAUAUGGACUGGGAAAGGAUGCAAAACAUAAGCUUAAUUAGUUCACAUGCUCUGCUCUCACAUGGCACAGGGGGAUAGUGUGAGAGAAUUAGGCUGUAAAACAAAUGGCCUCUUUCAGUACUCACACCACUACAAAAUCAUCUUUUAUAUCAACAGAAGAGUUAGCAUAAACUAAGCAAAAGGUCAAUAAAUACCUGAAACCAAGAUUUGCUAGAGGUAUAUCUUAAUGCAAUCCAUUUGCUGAUGGGCUGUUAGGAGUUGGCUAUAUAAUGUGUAUGGGGUAUUUUGAUAUGAGUAAAAGUUUUAAAAUUAAGUUUUAAGUACAUAGACAUUUUUAAAUAAAAUUUUUAAAACUGCCUUAAUGGGCCGGGCGCGGUGGCUCAAGCCUGUAAUCCCAGCACUUUGGGAGGCCGAGGCGGGUGGAUCACAAGGUCGAGAGAUCGAGACCAACCUGGUCAACAUGGUGAAACCCCGUCUCUACUAAAAUACAAAAAAUUAGCUGGGCAUGGUGGCGCGUGCCUGUAAUCCCAGCUACUCAGGAGGCUGAGGCAGGAGAAUUGCCUGAACCUAGGAGGCGGAGGUUGCGGUGAGCCGAGAUCGCGCCAUUGCACUCCAGCCUGGGUAACAAGAGCGAAACUCCGUCUCAAAAAAAAAAAAAAAAAAAAAAACUGCCUUAAUAUGAUUGUUAACUAAAUAGAAUAGCAGAUGUGCAUACUAAGGAAAAGGUCAUGGAGAAAUAAUAUUGGUAUCAAACAAAUAUAUUGAUUUGUUAUGAUACACAUUGAAUUUGAUCCAAUGGUUUAAGGAAUAGGUAGGAAAAUUCAGUUUCUAUUUUUCUAUUUCCUGUAAAUCCAUGACAUAAAGAGUUCUUAGCUUAUUUUAUAUUUCCCUGUCUUAAAUAUUGAGCUCAGUAAGUUGUAUUAGGGAAUUACUUCACAUUUGAGACUUUAUGUGACAUUUUACUAUGUUUUGUCUUCCUAUUAGCAAUAAAUAAUAGAUACAAUUUUCAUAAAGAGAAGAAUUACAUCACCACUUAUCUAUAAUUGACUUUUAUUAUAUUUAUUUCAAAGUUCAUUUAAAAGCUAGUGUUCAUCCUCUGUGAUGGAAUGGUCAGGAAUUUGUGUUUUCUCAUAGUUUAAUUCCAACAACAAUAUUAGUUGUAUCCAAAAUAGCUUUUAAUGCUAAACUUGACUGAUGUAUAUCCAAAGCUUCUCCUUUUCAGACAAAUUAAUCCAGAAGCAGUCAUAAAUAGAAGAACAGGCAGUAUGUUCCUAAUGAUAUUAUUUCUACUAAGGAGUAAAUUGUAAUGUUAGAAAUUAUGCUGCUAAUUUCAUCAGCUCUGAGGUAAUCUCUGAAAUGUUCUGACUUCGUCUGAACAAAUUAGAAAAUUUCAAUUUUUAUUCUUAGCUAUAGAGCAAGAAAGUAAACACAUUAAUUUCCUCAACAUUUUCAAGCCAAUUAAAAAUGUGGUAGAUACACACCAAUAUCUUCUCCAGGUUCUGACAGGCCUCCUGGAAAUUUCCACAUAUUUUUCAACUGCAGUAUAAAGUCAGAAAAUAAAGUUAACAUAACUUUCACUAACACGCACAUAUGUAGAUUUCACAAAAUCCACCUAUAAUUGGUCAAGGUAGUUGAGAAUAUAUUUUUUAGUAAUUGCUUGCAAAAUAUUUCUAGCUUCCAUCCUUUCUCCCUUGUUUCUUCUUUUUUUGGGGAGCUGGUAACAGAACUACUCUUUUCCCACCUUUUCUCUUCAGGAAAUAGAAGGGUUUGGUUCGGUUAAUGUGAUAUAUUCUGUAUCAGUGAAACAUUAGAGGGAAACAUCUACUGAAUUUCUGUAAUUUAAAAUAUUUUGCUGCUAGUUAACUAUGAACAAAUAAAUAGAAUCUUACAGUUGCUGCUAUAAAUAAGUAGAAAAACAGUAUAAAUUUCAUCACUAAAGUAUGCUAUUUUAAAAUAUUUCCUGUAUUGUAUUUCUAAUCGGGUAUAUUACUCUUAUGAUUUCUAUUGUUAUAUGUGUUAAUGAUUUUAUGUACAAAUGUAAUUGCUUUUCAUGGGUAGUAUGAAUAAAAUUGAUUAGCUCGUGUUUUCUUGUCUGCC